AUGGACUUUAUUCAACAUCCAUCAUAUUCCGAACAAAUGCAUGAUAUUGGAUUGAUCUUAUCAAAAUUAACAAUGGAAAAUAUGAAUAAACUUUUGGAACGAUUUGAACUACAAUGCAUUUCUUUUGAACGUUUACAAACAUCAGGACGUAUUAAUUUGAUUUUUAAUUUAAAAGCUCAAUCAAAAACUUCUUCAUAUGUUGAAUUCAUACUAAAAAUAUCAAAUCCUCAUUAUUAUUGGAAAGAAUAUCGUAUUAAAAAUGAAGUUUAUACAAUGCAAUAUUUACUUGAACAUACAACAAUUCCUUUACCAAAAAUAUUUGAUUAUUCUAUUGAUUUUAAAACAAGUAUUUUAUCAUGUGAAUAUAUAUUAAUGGAAAAAAUUCAUGGAAAUACAUUAGAAUCUGUUAUUGAAAAAAUGUCUGAUCAAACUUUGAUUAAAACAGCAAUAGAAAUGACUGAUUAUAUUAAACAAUUACGUCAAAUAAAAUUACCACAAACAAAUAAAAUUGGUUCGUUUUGUAGUAAAGAAAUGUUUCUUGGUGGAUCUAUUGAAGAUGGUCCUACACUAGGACCAUUUAUUAAUUUAAAAGAAUAUAUAAUUCAACAUUUACAAUGGGCUAUACAACGAAUUCAAACAGAUAAACAAUUAUUUCAAAUUGGAGAAUAUUUAAUAUUAUCAUUACAAAAAAUAAUUGAUUGUGCUCAAAUAGAUUCAAAUUUGUCAAAUCCAGAGAUUAAAUUUCAUAUUACUCAUACAGAUUUAAAUUCAUCAAAUAUUUUAGUUGAUGAAAAUACUGGUAAAAUUUUAGCAAUACUCGAUUGGGAAAAAUCUGCAAUGACAUUUAAUAAUGAUGAUAUUGAAUUUCUUUCACAUUGGUUUGAAGAUAAUCAACGGGAUAAACAAUUUCAAUCACUUAUUCAACAAGAACAAAAUUAUCUUGACUUACUCAAUGAUACAUGUAAUAUGUACAAAAUACAAUCGUAUUUAGAUGUUAUGUAUCCAGCUAUGUAUGCCACAUUCUACAGUUGCACUUGGUUUGAAUAUGAACAAAUAGUGAUUGAACAUAUUAAACAAUUUUUACAAGAAACAGAAGAUGCUAUUAUUGCAUUCAAUAAGGAUAUCUUAGAUGAAAAUAAAUAA